AUGUAUCAGGCUUCAAAUGUUUACUUCAUUUGCGGCUUCGCCGCCAUAGGCGGCGGACUGUUCGGUUUUGACAUUUCGUCCAUGUCGGGUGUCCUUGGCACCGAGGCUUAUAAGCAGUACUUUGACAACCCCAAGUCGUAUCGUCAGGGCGCCAUCACGGCUUCCAUGCCAGCUGGAUCCCUCGUUGGGUCUUUGUUUUCGUCGUUUCUUGCUGAUCGGUACUCGAGAAGGGUUGCUCUUCAGAUUAGUUGCGUGCUAUGGAUCAUUGGUAGUAUUCUGCAGUGCGCUUCGCAGAAUAUUGGUAUGCUGUGUACGGGACGAGUUAUUGCUGGAUUUUGCGUUGGUAUUGCUAGUGCUGUUGUUCCUGUCUAUCAGGCCGAGAUCGCCCCUAAGGAAAUUCGAGGACGAGUUGUCAGUCUUCAACAAUGGGCCAUCACCUGGGGUAUCCUCAUCCAAUACUUCAUCCAAUACGGCGCCGCAGCCGGCAUCGACGGCGGACCCGACGACAAGAACCAGUCAACAGCAGCCUUCCGAAUCCCCUGGGGUGUACAGAUGAUCCCAGCCUGGGUCCUCCUGGUCGGUCUAUUCUUCUUCCCGUCCAGUCCCCGAUGGCUCGCCUCGCAAGACAAGUGGGAGGAGGCACUCCAGACGCUGGCUAACCUCCACGGAAAAGGCGACAGGACGCAUCCGACAGUCCUGGCCCAGUACCGUGAGAUUGAGGAUUCGCUGCGGUUUGACCGCGAGGAGGCUGCUAAUAGCUACAAGAAUCUGGUUACGAGGAGGAUGCUUAAGCGUGUGAUUCUGGGCAUGAGUAUUCAGGCUUGGAGCCAGCUUUGUGGCAUGAACAUUAUGAUGUACUACAUCGUUUACAUUAUGGAGGGCGCUAACAUUGCCUCUCCUCUGUUGACGGCGUCCAUUCAGUACAUCAUCAACGUGCUGUUGACCCUGCCCGCCAUCUUGUACCUGGACAAGUUCGGUGCUCUGCAGCAACACUAUGGACAACCCCAGGACGAUCCAGAUUCGGACGUCAGCUGGGUCGUCAAGGACAACCGCCCAGUUUCUUCAGCUAUCGUUGCUUGCUCGUACCUAUUUGUUGCUACCUUUGCCACUACUUGGGGUCCCACUUCGUGGACGUACCCUGCUGAGAUUUACCCAUCUCAGAUCCGAGCCAAGGCUGUGUCUAUCAGCACGUCGACUAACUGGUUCUGGAACAUGGUGCUGGCUUUUGCCGUGCCGCCUCUGCUGUGGAACAUCAACUACAAGAUGUACUACAUCUUUGGCACUUUCAACGCCGCAGCCUUUAUCCACAUGUUCCUCACAGCCCACGAAACAAAGGGCUUCACCCUCGAAGAAAUGGACGACGUCUUCGACUCUGGCCACCCAGCCUGGAAGAAGCACAACAAGGUCAGCCGCCUCGAAAAUCUCGCCAAGGACAUUGAAAAGGGCAAAGUCACUGUCGUGGCCCCUGGAACUGGCGAGGCUGUCGAGGUUGGAAAGGAGGAGAAGAUUUGA